AUGAACGACCCCGGGCUUGACGAGCCUCUCAAUCAGACGCAGAACAAAAUUGAGGGGGUGAGGAAAGAGGAGGAGGAUUUUGAGCAAGAAGUAGAGCAGUCAUUCCUGGAUCCAAGUCGAUGGUGGUUCGCUUCGACAGCAUUUCCCUUGCUCGCUGGUACCUUUGGCCCCAUGGCCACAGCCUUCAACAUCUGCGCCCUGAUUGAGCAUUGGAGGGUCGAGAUUCCCCCGGGACUUGGAGCCAAUGAAUCACAUGGAAUCGACGUUAGGGAUCCGAAAUGGCUUUUAGCGGUCAAUGGCGCCUCGCUUGGUCUUGCAAUCAUUGCCAAUUUCUCAUUACUUCUAAACAUGGCUCGCCGCCUAUCAUUCUCCGUCGCUCAACCCAUCACAAUCCUUGGCUGGUACCUUUCAUCAAUCUUGCUCAUCGCCGACCUUGCAAGUAUCAUUCACAUCGUCAAGGUUCCUGGUCAGAGACGAGCCUUGACGCAGGCUUUCUAUUAUGCUAUAUUCGCCGCGGCACUCUACUUCAUCAUUGCUUCCUUGAUGGUCUUCACUGUUAUCGGAGCUUGGAGGGGCCAUUAUUCGAAGGAUUUCAAGCUCAACACGAGCCAGCGGACACUCAUGCUUCAAACGAUAAGCUUCAUGAUAUACAUGGUCGGAGGCGCUGGUGUUUACGCGAAAAUUGAGGGCUGGAUGUUCCUUGAUGCAUUGUACUUCACCAAUUACACGUUGCUCACUGUGGGUAUUGGAGACUACGCUCCUUCAACACAUCUCGGCCGAGGAUUGUUGUUUCCAUAUGCCAUUGGCGGCAUCGUCAUUCUGGGUCUUGUCAUAGGCUCUAUCCGCUCGCUUGUUCUAGAGCGAGGAAAGAAGAAGCUUGGAAGUCGAUUAGUGGAGAAGAAACGCGAGCUACUGUUAAAAAGAAUGAUCCAAAAGGACAAGACCGACAAGCUCAAACCAAUUCAGAGCAAGCAACAGGCUGAGGAAGUAGGCAUGUCGGAGCGAGAGAGGCGACAGGCAGAGUUCGAGCUUAUGCGGGAGAUACAGCAACAAGCUUCGACUAGGCAAAAGUGGCAAGCGCUUCUCAUUUCGGGAAGUGCGUGGCUUCUCCUUUGGCUUAUUGGAGCGGUGGUGUUCUACAAGGCAGAGCAUGAGCAGCAAUGGACGUACUUUCAGUCCCUGUACUUUGCAUACACCACUCUUCUGACCAUUGGGUAUGGCGACUACAAGCCAUUCAGUAAUUCGGGCAAGGCAUUUUUUGUACUAUGGUCGUUGCUUGCAGUCCCAACACUUACUAUCGUCAUCAGCAACAUGGGUGAUACGGUCGUGAAGGCUAUCAGCGAUCUCACACUGUACUUGGCAGAGUUCACAGUCCUACCAGGGGAUGCACCGGUGAGAGAUCGGAUGAAGCAAAUCGCAGCCAGAACUACAGGCGGUAGAUUGUUCGGAGAGGUCAUAAUGUUUAAAGAACCACCAGGUUUGCUUGGCGAUAAUGGCGAAAUUGACCCCGAGAAUGGAACCGCUGGUGGUCCAGGUGCUGCUGCCACUGAUUACCUUGCUGGCCAAGUCGAAGACGAAGAGCUCAAGGAAGCUCGAGAAGCUGAAGCCAAAGGCGAUAAGCUUGGAGGGGACAUCCACACAUAUCACUAUCUUCUCAUCAAAGAAUUCCGCAAUGUAAUGAAGCAUCUGAAUGAGUCUCCGCCUCGAAAGUACAGCUACGAGGAGUGGGCAUGGUUUCUUAAACUUAUGGGCGAAGACGAGUCACACUCCGCCUCGCACCGAACAGCUCCUGUCAAAGUGAAAAACGACACUGACGCGAAGCCGGAUAUGCAGCAGGCCCAGACAGAUGACGAUGAAGGCGGGAUGCGCCAAUGGAGCUGGCUCGGAAAUCGCUCCCCUUUAAUGGGAGAAACAGAGGAGGCGGAGUGGGUGCUUGAGAGAUUAUCAAUGACCCUGGAAAAGGAGAUGAAGAAGAUUUGGGAGGCGAAGACCAAGAAAGAUGAUCAAGAUCGAGGGGAGAACGCGGGCAAGAGAAUUCAUUCGAACAGCGACAGUAACACUAACGGGAGUGACAAGAAUUCGCAAGACAAAAAAGGCGGCGCUAAUGUUGAGCAAAGUAGCGUGAAAUGA